CAACGAAGAAAAUCACUUCCGUACAGUCAGAGCUUUAUCUAGCUGCUUCCACUUUGCCUCUUAUCGCUUUAGGCACGAAAAUGGCUAAAACGAGAGACAACAAACGCGAGAAUGUCAGCAUCGCCUCUGAGAUUGACAGGCUGGAAGAAAGACGGGGGCGUUGCCAGGACAACCUGGAGAGGGCGGAGUUUAAAAACAGGAAGACGAGACUGUCCGAGAAGGAGAGACAAGAACUGGAAAAUGAAAUGGCAAUCAUAAAUGAAAGGGUCCAAAAACUGGAUAAGGAGCUUGCGAUGUUGAGAGGGGAGAACCGCAAGAACAUGCUGUUGUCAGUGGCCCUGCUCACAAUCAGCGCGGUCUUCUACUACAUCUUUUUCUUCAAUGAGGAUGACACAUGAUGAUGCGGAGAACCUCAGAGGAAGCUGCCCCUCUUAACAAGCCCGACACCGCUUGGCUACAGGAUUAUUAUUUGGGCCAUUUACAUGCACAAAAAACAAAGAAAAAAAAAAACACAACAAAGGACUAACAUACAUUAAGAGGAACCAAAGAGUUGAUUGUAAUGCCUCAGUUCUGCCUCCAGGUGGCAUCAUUGCCAUUUAAGUUUCUCUUAUGGGUGAAUUUUUGCAUCCAAAGUUGCCAAAUCCACCAUAUAUGUUAAAUUCUGGAGUAAUUGUCAUUUCUGUGAAGGAGCAAUAAUAAAGUGUGUUGGUUUGAUUUGUGAAAUGAAUGAACAUGUUCCUCUGCCUCUUAGCGUUAGUGUUAUAAAACCAUUAUUACACAUAGGCACCUCAAUGUGCCCACUGAAUGUAAAGUAGGCCUUAUCUAAGCCAGUUCUUAAUUACAAUAAAUGCAUGUCGGCCUUUUAAUCCUGUGUUUGAAAGUUUGAGAAACACAUCACUUAAUGGCUUUUUUUUUAAUUAUGUACUGUAUGUGUAAAUUAAAACAAAACAAAAAAAAAAAACACCAGAAAGAUGUGUUUUGAUUCAUUUUAAUGUGAGGGACACACUUAUGUUGUAACAAGAGUUUAAGAAAUUAAACUUACUGACAAGCGUCCAACAUACUGACAUGUUAUGUUUACUGCAAAUGUCCAACCUUUGGGCUUGAUUUAUUUCCAUUUUGUAAAUAAAUACAUUUUCAACCUA